UAGGUGUAAUUAUUGUUUCUACACGAACACGGACCAUAUUGAGGUCAGUGACGUUGGUGUAAUAACUUAACAGCGUAAUGAUAACACGGAUGAUCUUCAUAUAGGUACAGACGGAAGAUUAUAUCCUGGAUAAUAACGAAACUAACAGUUAGCGGGAGGCAUACUUAGCUGAAACGAACCGAAAGGAUUUUGAAUUUAUGGCCGAAGUCUGAACCUCAUGACAGGACACAACGACCGAGAAUCAUGUUGAGUUUUCUUGGACUCCGCAACAACGCAAAGAAGUCCACAUCCGAGAAGGAAGUAGAUGGAGGCUUUGUUGUCAUUGGAGAGACCGUUGAAGAACAGAGGAGGAAGAUGCAGAGCAUGAACAUCGCACAGCCGUCAACAAACGUCAUAGUGCAGCCAACAGGGUCCUCCUGUACAGCUCCAGCUGCACCCACCGACACAAAGCCCCCUGCAGCUUACCCCACCGGCGCGCCAGCAGCAGGGCCCCCGGCCGUGGAAGCUGCUUCAACUCUGCCAGACCUCCUCGGGGACGUCCCCUUCACUCUGGCUCCCCAUGUCCUGGCCAUGCAGGCAGGGCGCCCCCUAUUUCCUGAUGUGCUGCUGUCCCGGGACAUGAACUACAACCUGACUAGUUUCCAGUACGACUUCACUCUAGAGAACUCGGUGCUUCAUAACGCCUAGGCUGGUGAAGUUUUCCAGGAGUUCCCCCUGUGGCUGGUUGUUGGUGGUUUGAGAGGUCCUAGGCCUUCUGAACAUGCACAUGUCAUACUGUAGCAUUACGAACAAGGAAGAGCUCACAGAAAUACAUUAGACAAAAAUUAGUUGUAGAACUGCAAAGCAGAACACUUCUGUUAUUAACUCCCUAUCCAUUUUAUAAUUUCAAUAUAGUCAUAAUAAUGCCAUGAUAUAAUGUUGGAAAAAACACAAGGAAGCAUGGACAUGUCACUGGCUGUACAGCUGAUGACGGUGACCAGGUUUCAGCUUUAUGGCAUCAUGGGAACUAAAUGAACUUGUGGUUUACUUGUUCCUUGUUGGGUUGCUCUCGACGUAAACCCAGGUAACGCAGUUAGGACACCUGCUGUUUCCUCUCAUUACAGAUACGGGCCUGCGUAUGAUUGGUUAAGACAUUGUGACUGUCAAGCCCUCAGGCCGGGAUGUGUUUGAAUCAUGUUGUCAAACUGAACAGGAUCAUUUAAACUUUAUUACUACUUGGGUUUCUAGCAGUUAUGAGGACUUUGCACUAAUCGGGGACGUUGCUGAGAUCUGGGGACGUUGCUGAGAUCUGGGGACAUUGCUGAGAUUUGGGGACAUUGCUGAGAUCUGGGGACGUUGCUGAGAUCUGGGGACAUUGCUGAGAUCUGGGGACAUUGCUGAGAUCUGGGGACAUUGCUGAGAUCUGGGGACGUUGCUGAGAUCUGGGGACAUUGCUGAGAUCUGGGGACGUUGCUGAGAUCUGGGGACAUUGCUGAGAUCUGGGGACAUUGCUGAGAUCUGGGGACGUUGCUACAAAAGGCAGAAGGUCGUGAAAUGUUGGUGCCCAGUGUCCUGUACGUUAGGUCAAAGUUGAACAAAAAACCUGCGGUGAAUGGUUUACAAUGGUGAUGUUUUACAAAGUUUGGGUGAUAACGUUGCCCUUCCCCUUUGUUUUCUCUUCCAAAUAAUUUUUUGUGUUACUGAUCUAAACCUUGUUUACAACCCAUCUAUUCAUGUGAUUACUAGAAGUCUGCUACCUGACAGGUGUAUCCAUCGACACAUGCACCAAGUAUACACUUCAGGCCCUUAUCGUAGGCUAGGUGGAGCCUCUGCAGAAGCAGAAAUCAGACUUCAUACCUCAGGCUUGGGUUGCAUUGCUGUUUGGUUAUUUCAAAAUGUGUUUUUAUUAGAAAUGCCACUCUAUGAUUGUGCCAGUCUUCUGAGUCUGUUUCAUUUUGUUGCGUUAUGAUACACUAUGCUCAGACGGAGGAGUGAAAAACGACCGCUGCAGCCUUUGCAUUUCAGUUCUCUGUAGUCGGGUUGGGUCUUAAACACCCGGGUAGGAGCCAGCUUCACUGCCCAUCCCCCCCAUGCCCUCAUUUUUACCAGAUCUCAGCAACUACCUUGGAGCCAAUCCAUUUUAUACCGAUAUGAAUGGUGGCCAAAACUACAAAAAUAAAACCCAGAUUACACUAAAUUGAAAUUAUACUUCAAGUGUAGGUUGAUAUUUUAUUGCAUAAGCUUCAGGUUAUCUGAGGACACCUAGAUGAUGAAGCAGUAACUUGUAUCAGAGCUUAGUACUGGGACAAUAAAUAGGGUUUAUCAGUGUUUUAAGCCCCCAACGUCUCGGCUCUAGGGUUAGGACAUGAUGAAGACUAGGGUUAGGGGCCUUGAAGUCAACGGUCAGCGCUGCCUGGAAGGAGACGUUGGGGGGGCUUAAAACACCAUCAAGCACAGAUAGCAUACAAUUAGUUAUUUUGCUCAGUAUAACUUCAUGUACUUUCUAUCGAAAUCCUUUCAAGCCAUGACAGCUGUACUGUACUGAGUGUAUACCUAAGAGAUAAAGCUGCAUGAUUCCUUUUUGAAUGGUUUUGGAUAGUAUGAGAACUAUUUCUAAUCAUCAAAUGAUACAAAUACAUCUGUCUGAACUGACGUUCCGACUCUGGUAGCGCUGGUUAAAUCUACAUUAUGCUGAAUCUACACGAGCUGCUAUUAUGAAUAUGAAUAUACCCAGGCUUUUGUCAGAACACGGCCUCCAUUUGCUCUUUAUUAGUUGAGUUUCUGCCAUUUUAUUUGUGAAUGCAUGCUACUUGCAUAAACCAAGUUACAAUCUCUUGUGCUAUAUUGCUGGUAAACACUGAUACUGUAACUGUAGGGGAUUUCACUUCAGCAUAUUCCUCUGUUGGUCUUGAUUUUGAUUGACAUUUGCAUCCUGGUUUGAAUUAUGUUCUCAACAGAUUACAUGCAAUUGGGUCUAUUGACAUCUCUUUCAGAGCAUUUGUCUUUGGAGUCAUUUUGUAAAUAUGAGCUUUUAAAAUGAGCAUAGACCUUAUCCUGAGAAGAGGAAAUACAUUUGCUCAAAGUCAAGAUUUCAGCCAGGAGUUUCCCAAAUACUGUAUUUGUACGUUUUGUUUGUACAUAAUCAACCGUGGUCUCUUCAAACCUGUUGUGCCUUUUAAUGAGAAGUCAUCAUAAUUCUUAAAUCGUCUUUUAGAAGUAAGCACAUAGCUACCUGUUAACUCCCACUAAAGUUGUCUCUGUUUAACCACCUGAUGUCUGAGUUAAGUGUGUAUCUGUUGAUGUUGGCUGUGUUUUCACUUGGUUGUAACUGUGGAUUAACUAAUAAAUUUAAAAAGCAUUGUCUAA